CUUCGUUGAAUCGACUCUUGUAUAGUUAAUUCAGUAAAUCCUACGUUUCCGGCGCUGGAGAGACGCAAGAUCUUUCUUCCGGUGGAAUUCAAGAAAUAGAACCGUAAACGGUACCACCGCAACGAUGAAGUUCAAUCCACUGGUUUCGUCUUCGCGUAGAAAAAACCGAAAGAGGCACUUCACAGCACCGUCUCAUAUUCGUAGAAGGCUUAUGUCAGCUCCUCUUUCGAAAGAACUUCGACAGAAAUAUAAUGUUCGCACUAUGCCUAUUCGUAAAGACGAUGAAGUUCAGGUUGUACGUGGUCACUAUAAAGGACAACAAGUGGGUAAGGUUGUUCAAGUGUACAGGAAAAAGUUUGUCAUAUACAUAGAAAGAAUUCAGCGAGAAAAGGCUAAUAGCGCUAAUGUAUAUGUUGGUAUUGACCCAUCUAAGACAGUUAUUGUAAAAUUGAAAAUGGAUAAAGAUCGCAAGAAGAUCAUAGAUAGAAGGAGUAAAGGCAGGCUCGCAGCAAAAGGUCAGGACAAAGGAAAAUAUACAGAGGAUUCAACUGCAGCAAUGGAAACCUCGUAAACUUAAGUUAUAUUUCGUUUAUAAAUUUCAAUAAAAACAUUAACAUUGGAAUUUGUCCAUUUA